CCUCUGUGAUUGGAGGAGGGCCAGGAGGGCGCGGGUCAGGACAGAAGCCGAAGCCGGGGUUCGUACGCUGCAGCGGUGCGCUGGCAAAGCAUUCGGCCCCAGUGCCUUCGCCCCUGCUUUCCCCCACCCAGGAAGGACUGGCCAGAAAACGCGGCCGAGGGUUGGGGCCUCCUGGCGCAGAGCUGAGGCCAGGAGGUGGUGGGGUUGGGGGAGGAGCUCCCGGGGGGCGGAGCCGGGGAAACCCCGGCGAUAAGAGGCGGUGCGGGCUGCGGGAGGCUAGAGCAUAGCCGAGCUCAUGGAAGAGAAGCAGAUCCUGUGCGUGGGGCUCGUGGUGCUAGACAUCAUCAAUGUCGUGGACAAGUACCCCGAGGAGGACACGGACAGCAGGUGCCUGACCCAACGAUGGCAGCGUGGUGGCAAUGCCUCCAACUCUUGCACCAUCCUUUCCCUCCUAGGAGCUCCUUGUGCUUUCAUGGGCUCCUUGGCUCCUGGGCAUGUUGCUGAAAACUUGCCAGACGUGUCUGCAGAGGACUUUGAAAAGGUUGAUCUGAAGCGGUACAAGUGGAUCCACUUUGAGGGCCGGAAUGCAUCUGAGCAGGUCAAGAUGCUGCAGCGGAUAGAGCAGCACAACAAGAGGCUUCCCCGAGAGCAGCAGAUCAAGAUAUCUGUGGAGGUGGAGAAACCCAGGGAAGAGUUAUACCAGCUCUUUACCUAUGGGGAUGUGGUUUUUGUCAGCAAGGACGUGGCCAAGCACAUGGGGUUUCGGUCAGCAGCUGAAACCCUAAAGGGGUUGUACAGCCGUGUAGGGAAAGGGGCUAUGCUAGUAUGUGCGUGGGCAGAGGAGGGGGCAGAUGCAUUGGGCCCCGAUGGACGGCUCCUGCACUCUGAUGCGUUCCCGCCACCCCAAGUGGUAGACACCCUGGGAGCUGGAGACACCUUCAAUGCCUCUGUCAUCUUCAGCCUUUCCCAGGGGAAAAGCAUGCAGGAGGCAUUGACUUUUGGUUGCCAAAUAGCAGGCAAGAAGUGUGGGAUACAAGGCUACGAUGGAAUCGUGUGAAGGCACCAGACCUCAGAAGGCACAACCUCAGCCGGCUCCAGGGGAGUAAGGAAGCCAGGGCAUUGCUGGGUGUCUCUGCCUGCCUUGGUGUUGGGGACCAUCCAGAUUGCAGAGCAGGUGCAGCCUGGGCUGGGGCUCCUUAGCCCCUCCACACCUUGGUUCUCCACUAUCUCCAUCUUCAAACCAAAUAAACAUUCUUCCACCCAAGCCA